AUGUGGUAUAAUCAAAAGUUAUACCAAGAGAAUAUUCAUCAAUAUAUCGAUUACCUCGUGGUCGAUGCCCCACCAGGAACUUCGGACGAGCACAUCUCCAUCGUCCAGUACCUUCAAGCCACUGGUAUUGAUGGUGCAAUCAUUGUCACGACCCCGCAGGAAGUCUCGUUGAUCGAUGUCAGGAAAGAAAUUAGCUUUUGCAAGAAAGUGGGAGUCCCUGUGCUAGGAGUGGUGGAGAACAUGAGCGGUUUGGCGCAACCUUUAGCGGAUGUCAAGUUCAUGAAGAUUGGCUCUUCCGUUGACGUGACCCAAGAGGUAAUCUCUUGCUUGAAAGAGAACGCACCGGAGCUUCUCAACGUCUUGGCUUGCAGCGAAGUGUUUGACAGCAGUGGAGGAGGUGCGGAGAGAAUGUGUAAGGAGAUGGGAGUACCGUUUCUUGGGAAAGUUCCUUUGGAUCCACAACUUUGCAAAGCAGCUGAACAAGGUAAGUCGUGCUUUGAAGGUGGUAACAAGUGUUCUGUUAGCGCUCCUGCGCUGAAGAGCAUCAUACAGAAGGUUCUUGCUUCGAUGACCGAGUGA